UGAUGACGAGCUUGGAGGGUACGAUGGUGUUAAAUGCAGAGCUGUAGUCGAUGAACAGCAUUCCCUUCCUCCUAGGCGGUGACGGGUCACGAGGAGUGAAGCACAGUGCCAGCUUCCUGGUUCGGGAAGGUAAGGGGCGGAGCCAUGUCCACCUGGUGGCGGCGUCCGGACACAUUGGGGUGCUGGGGUGGCUCCUACACACCGCCCAGUCAGUGUGGACCCUCCCCGUCAUCACAGACAACCAGGGCUACACGCCACUACACUGGGCCUGCUACAACGGUUCCCUUCCAGCAGAUACUGGACUUCAGAGGAACUGCUGCUGCUAUACCCCAUCUUUACCUUUACCCACAAAGGUCCUAAACGGUAGAAAGUGUCCGGCCAACAGACAGACGCACACCUUAUGACGGCAAUAACCUGUAGUCCAAGGGGAUAGUAGCACUUCACUGAGAGCAAAACAGACAGGGACCAAAA